GGCAGGACUGCAGCUCCCAAGGCGCCCCGCGGCGCUGCCGUGUUGUGCCUCCGUGUCGGGGCAAAGGGGAGGAGGAUGGUGACAACGGGAGGAUGGAGGCCGUUUUAUCUAGGUAUGAAAACCAGAUCACUAUUUUGUCAGAUUGCUUAGAAGAAUUUCCAGAAACUGAUGAGCCAGUGUGGAUUUUAGGAAGGCAACACCACCUAAACACAGACAAAUCUAAGUUAUUGUUGGAUGUAAGUGGCCGUCUCUGGUUUACGUAUAGAAGAAAGUUUUCACCUAUUGGAGGCACCGGUCCGUCAUCUGAUGCAGGCUGGGGAUGCAUGCUGAGGUGUGGGCAGAUGAUGCUGGCCCAGGCGCUGAUCUGCAGACAUUUAGGAAGAGAUUGGCAAUGGGAAAAACACAAAAAACAACCAGAAGAAUAUAAUAGAAUUUUACAGUGCUUUCUGGAUAGAAAGGAUUGCUGCUAUUCCAUCCACCAGAUGGCACAGAUGGGUGUUGGAGAGGGGAAGUCCAUUGGAGAAUGGUUUGGACCAAAUACAGUUGCUCAAGUACUGAAGAAGCUUGCUUUAUUUGAUGAAUGGAAUUCAUUAGCAGUUUAUGUAUCUAUGGACAAUACAGUGGUCAUUGAAGACAUCAAGAAGAUGUGCUGGUCCCCUACCCAGAGCAGCAGCGUUGCCCACAGCAGUGCACAUUUGCACAGAAGUGCUCUUGGCCAAAACAAGAACAUAGCAGGAUUGUGCCCAGGCUGGAAGCCCCUCUUGCUCAUUAUCCCUCUCCGGCUAGGGAUUAAUCACAUCAAUCCAGUGUAUAUUGAUGCAUUUAAAGAAUGCUUUAAGAUGCCGCAGUCUUUGGGAGCAUUAGGAGGGAAACCCAAUAAUGCCUAUUAUUUUAUAGGAUUUUUAGAUUUUACACCCCCAGGCAAUGAGCUGAUCUACUUGGAUCCUCACACCACUCAGAGUUUUGUAGAUUCAGAAGAAAAUGGGACAGUUGAUGAUGAGAGCUUCCACUGCCAGCAAGCCCCACACAGAAUGAAGAUCAUGAAUUUGGACCCUUCAGUAGCUUUAGGCUUCUUUUGCAAAGAAGAAUGUGAUUUUGAUAACUGGUGUAGUCUUGUACAAAAGGAGAUUCUAAACCAACAGAGCCUACAGAUGUUUGAGCUGGUCCAGAAGCACCCACCACACUGGCCUCCUUUCAUACCUCCUACCAAGCCAGAAGUGACAACCACAGGAGCAGGUGUGGUACCACUGAAAGUGUUGCUGGGCAGCAGAGUGGGCUCCUCAGCCAACAGGAGAACCAUCACAGAACUCAUUGAAUCUACUGACAAGCUAUUUGAAUUGGAAGAAGAAUUUGAAAUCCUGAGUGUAUGAAGGAAACUGUGGCAACCCUUCUGAGUAUUGAACAUAUUGCUAAUAUUACUUCAUUGGCUCAAAUUACACAGCCGUUAGCCCAAAAGUGCCUGAAAUCAUGGAUAACAGAGCACAAACACCUGGUAUCAUCCAAAACUCCAACAGGGACAGUACCUUCUGUCAAAGAGCUUCCCCAGAUGGAAAGGCAGUGAAAGAUUUUAUUAUAAGACCCUGAAAGGGAACCUCUUUUUAAUAUGUGUCUUUCUUGAAGACAAAUGGACCUCUGAGAUUAAGGCACAAGUAAGUCUGUUAUCGGGCUGUAUAUUUGGGGAAAGGGGUAACACAGAAUGGGAAUUUCUUGCUCUCAUAUAAUGCAGUAGUUUAGUUCUUAAAGCAAAACAGUCUUCAGUUAAGGAGAAUGUUUACUUCUGUUCCUAUUGGUGGGCUGCAUCAUAGAAAAAAUACAUUGUCUUGUUUAAAAGAUCAACUUGAUCAGGAGAAAAUUGUUUCCUUGUUAAAUAUUUUAACAUGUAUUUGAGCAACCACACUUUAUGACAAAAAUGUUUCUGUGAGAGGAACUAUGACUAACGUAUCCGUUUGCAAUAGCCUUCCUUUCCUGUUUCUGGGAGACCUCAAGAGGAACAGGAUCCUCAAAUAGUUGAUACAGAUCACAACCACUGUUGUAGUUAUAUUUCACCUUGACCUUAAAGUUCAAUCGUUUUAACUUAGGCUGACUUUUAUUUUGGAGCUAAGGUGAGUCAAUUGUACCUUAUUUAUUUUAAAAAAAGAUUUACACAAGUAUCUCUGUCACUGCACUUCAUCUGUGCAUCUAAUAAAUUUCUUAAGCUUUUCA